GCGAUAGAGGCGCUUUGCCCUUUGUUUGAUAGACGAUGCUCUUCGCGUCCCUCCAGCUUGCCGUAGUCGCGGAGUAACCUGGGAACAGUCAAAGCGGCGGGAGAGCGGCAAUUUAUUGACAAAUUUCACGAAAUCCUGUUAUUCUUAACUUUGACGGAUUGAGUAGUGUAAUAUUUGUCACAUGAACAAGGCAUACAUUUAUUAAAGCGACAGGUGUGUCUACAACGAUACUCCUGGUGCUUGAGUCUUUGAAAGAUCUUAUUUUAAAGCAAUCCCGUCAAACUGGACUAGGGGGUUGUUUUCGAUUAGCCCUCGUAUUAUCGCUCCAGCAACAAUGGCGAAGGUACAAGUGUUGAAUGUGGCCGUCCUAGAUAACCCGAGUCCCUUUGGAAACCCUUUUCAGUUUGAAAUAACGUUUGAGUGUAUGGAGGACCUCCCCGAAGACCUGGAAUGGAAGAUCAUUUAUGUUGGCUCAGCGGAGAGUGAGGAGUAUGACCAGGUCCUGGACUCAGUUUUGGUAGGCCCCGUCCCUGCUGGAAGACAUAUGUUUGUGUUUCAGGCUGAUGCACCAAACACUGGAUUGAUCCCUGAAAGUGAUGCUGUUGGUGUAACUGUAGUGCUGAUUACCUGCACUUAUCGUGGCCAAGAGUUCAUUCGCAUUGGAUACUAUGUGAACAACGAGUACACGGACCCAGAGCUUCGGGAAAAUCCUCCUAACAAGCCAGACUACACACAGCUCCAGAGAAAUAUUCUUGCAUCAAACCCAAGAGUUACCAGAUUCCACAUAAACUGGGAAGGCUGUGCAGAGAGAAUGGAAGAUUCAGAAAAUGUGGAUCCCACGUCAAACUCCAUGCUCACUCCAUCUUGUCUUCCGGGCAAGGACCCGCCUUUGCGGGUGCUUCCAGAUAAUUCGAUGGACUUUUUAUAGAGAUGCCCCCGGUCCAUGAGGGGGAUGACUCGCAGCACUCAAUCUUAUUUUUUAAGAAUGCCUAUGGACAUUCAAGUGUGGACAAAUUUGUGUACAGAACUCCCUGCCUUACUGCUUUUUUUCUGAAAAAACCCAAACUUUAGCUCUAGUCUAGGUUGUCUUUGAGCGUUUGCUCUAAAAGUAUUCUCAACAUCUUCAAGAAACACAAAUGGCUAUUGUCAUGCUUUCGAAAGCAAUAUUUAUGCGCGGAAAAGAAGGGGCAGCUGAAAAGCAAUACAUCUGAGGUCAAACAUAACAAAAGGCUGUUGAGUCCAUCGUUUCACUUUAAAACAGAUUUGUCAUCAUUUACAGACAUUGCAGUUUUGAACAUUUGGCAAAUCUCUUGUAAUGUGUUGCAUUACAGGAAUUAGAUAAUCUACUAUAUUUUAUUGAAAAUGCACUUAAUCCAUGUGCCACUUAUAUUUUGGUUGAGCUUUGUAGGGCUAUGUAACUUCCAUGUUUUUGUUUUUUGUCUCUGGUUUCAGUCACAAAUAAAAGA